UGUAUUUCUAUCUCGUCGUCUGCAUUAAAGGGCAAGUGACAGUUCGAGCUUUAUUGUUGACAUUCCUAUGAAAAUUAUACUACCGUGUAGUACUUAUAAAAAUGUAAUUUUAAAUAUAAUUAAUAUUGAAAUACAAGUGAACUUCUUUUCUGUGAUAAUAAGAACUAUAAUUAAAUGAUUUUAGUGAAUUGUGUAUUCAUAAAAAGAAAAUUUAAUUAUUAAAUAAUGAUCGGUGUUUGAGAAAGUUUUAAUUAUAUAGAAUUAAUAAAUUUAAAAUAUUUAGUGCAUGCAAACUUAAUUUAAUAUUUAUAGAUUUUUCAAUUGUUCCAUAUUGAUUAUUAUCAUUUAAUAGCUCUAAUAAUGACUGGUUAUUGGAAAACUUCGAGGCAUCGCCGUAAACGUUGUUCUCAAUAGUAUGUUCUCGAUAGUGAAUAUAAAGUGAAUAUAAAGUGCGUGUGUAAAAGUGAAUCAAUCCGUAUGGUAUUACGGCGUCACUUUCUAAAAAAAAUUAAUAAUUUCCUUAAUUGGUAUUCAAUUUUUAUUUGAGGUCCAGUGAGUGAGGAAAUCGAUCCUGUUGUAUGUAGUAACGAAAAUAAAAUAAUCGAUUCGAAUCGGUGAAAUUGUGGCUGAAGUGGUAAAACGGACAAAGAGAAAGACGGUUUCGGCAUGAUCUGUGGAGGUAACAAGAUCUUGUUAGAAAUAUUGGGCGGGGAGGAGGAGGCAUGGAAGCUGAAGCUGGUCGGCAGUCUCACCAUCAGAGGCUGCAGCUUACCCUGUCAUCCCCGGGAAUCCCCGGACUGGACGUCGUGAGAGCAUUACAUCAGACUGUGAUAUCUUUGCGUUCUGCGCUGGAUUCCUCACGAGAAGAGCUUCGUCGUCUUAAGGAGAGGGUUGGUGAUUUUUCUGGCGAAAGCUACGUUAACGUUGUCGAGAGGCUCGCUCUUGAGAAUCACGUCCUUAGACGAAAGAUCCUAAGUAGGAACAGUGAGUUUUCUAGCGAUGCUGCUACAAGUCCGCCACCUCAGGCCCUCCUUUCUUCACUCGCAGUAGAGGACGUCGAAGAUCUGUCAGAGGAAGUAGGCGUACUCAUGGACGAGUCCAGGGACGAACUAGUCGCGGAGGACAUGCCAGAGGCAUCUAAACCGGUCAUUGGGCCGCGUACCGACAUCAACGCUGGAAGUAACAAUGAGAAUCCCGAUUAUUCGCAAUCUCGUACAGCCGAGAAAGUAUCCAAGAAUAAUGCACAAUCCCUCACGAAAUCAGAAUCUAAGGACAUCGGAUUGAAGUGCACCAUGUCUAAGGACUCUAUUCCCGUUAAACCUUUAAUUGGGAUAUCUAGCAUCGAUCUGGAUGACACGUUGAAAAACGAGGCUUCUGCUUUGACCAAUACUAGACAAUCCAAAGACAUUGAGGAGGAGGAUGGGAUCGAGGUUCAAAUUGAUCAUUUGGAGGUGCAAGAGAAGGAUCUCGAGGAUCUAAGUUUGAAGUCUGUCUCCGAUGGAGACAAUUCGGUGUUCAGCGAUAAUCCGGACACGCAAGUGUCACAGCAAAAUCAACGUCAAAAUCAAACGGCGGAUCAACCGAAACCGAACGAUCAAUCCGAGAACGAAUCUGAAGAGCUCGAUGACAUCGAGUUGAUAUUCACGACGGACGAGACUUGUCGCGAUCUCGGUCUUCAAGAGGACCUCGUCUCCAUAACGGAAACCGAAUCUUGGCAACAGGCUGUACCCGCUGGUCAACCGGUAUUGUUGAAAUAUACAAAAUCAGCCGAAGGCGAAUCGUUGGUGUGCAACGGUGAGAAGACUAGCUCCGUCGAAGAGGCGGUUUCCUCGCAGAGUUCGAGUAUCGAUCGCGAGGAAAGCGUGGACAGGUUCGACGAGGGUUCUAGCACCAGGUUGAACAAAAUAUGGUCCCAGUGUUCGGUGUUGGUUGAAACGGAUAUCAGCAAGUGCGGGGUCGUCGAAGAGCCUGAGCAUGCUACCAGACAUGCGGUUAGAAGGAACACUUUAGCUGCACCACCCACUGCCUACAGACCGAUCAUCCAUCGUGAAGCUCUGGCGGGUAGCCGACGAAAGAGCAUGGCACCACUGAGACCAGUGAUGGACAGGAUCACCGGUGCAAGACGAGAAUCUGGCGCCCAAACAGACAUUUCUGCGCUUCCAGCCCAUUGGCGUUCCGAGAGUUAUCUCGCGCAUAAAGUGGCUCAUACGUUCACCACGUUGCCCAGCAAAUUUGCUUUGCCGGCCGGGGUGCCUGGAAGGCUUCGAUUAUCCGAUAAAACCCGAGAAGCGAGAAGAGUGAUGUUGUCCGAUAUCAGCUUCACCAGUAUGGUACCAGAACUGUCGAGAAGUGCCGAUCAUCUCUGCCACGAUUCACACGCACAGACUUGCUUCGGUUCCCGAGGUUGCGGACUUCGUACACCGGACGUGCACCGGCGCGAAUCGCUGGGCUCUCCUGCGGGAUUCUGGCCCCGUUGCAACCCCGCCACAGGCCUGCCGAGUCCCUGCGACUGUCGUCUCUCGACCGACCUUUAUUCUUCGCGAUACCGCGGUUCAUUGUCCUCGAUCCCGUCGCCCGGAUUGGAGGUGGUCGGCGGUCCACCGCGUAGACACUCGUGGAGAGCGACAGCGGCGUCCUUCGACACUUGGAGAGUUCCGCUCGCCACUUCCACCCCGAGACCCACCUGGUCUUCUAUGCCCUCUUCUCCUACCCACGUGCACCCGCCUGCUACGUCCUCGAAAACUUCUAAGAGCGUUCCUAAGAGAACUAGAUCGAAGGUCACCUUUCAAGAAUGCCCGAUGACGCGUGGCAGCUUGCCAAAUCUGCGCUCGGAUUUGGUGACCGGCGAUAACAGCGGCGAUUCGACCGAGUCGUUGAUCGACGAGGCCGAGGAUUAUUUGCGACGGAGCAUCGACUCGAUGCUGACAAUAUCCAGUAGCGGCGUCAGUUCCGAUUACUGGAACAGACAGACAGCUAGGCGGAGACGUACACGGCGAUAUUCUGAGCCGGAUCUAAUCCGUGACUGGCAUCCGCCACAGGAUGCCAGACCGUACCUGCCAAAGAUACCAAGAGAUCUAAAGCUGGAUCAUCUCGUGAAGAUUAUAUCGCCAGAGGGUAAAGUUCUUCAAGGGCGAGUGAGGUACGUGGGCCCUGUACCAGGCCGCGAGGAGACUCACGUAGGCGUGGAGUUACCUUACUCGAAUGGCUGCUCCGAUGGCACGUUUCACGGAAGAAGAUUCUUCGAUUGCGAUCCCGAUCGAGCGAUCUUCGUCCCGUUCAAGAAAGUGAUUCUGGCCUGGUGCACCACUUGACCCGAGCCUCCGAGCAACCGAACAACUCCCCGAAUUCUAUUGUCCCAGUUCACCAUGUGAAUCGAAAAACAAAGAAACUACGGUGAAUCGAGUAACAUACGUUCCGUCUCCGCCGGUUUCAACGAGUAAGUACGUGACACUUCUUUCCACUGUAACUGAUCCACGCCACUUGAAACGCAGAUGAAGAGGGUGAAAAAAAAAAAAGAAAAUAGAAAAGAAAAGGAAAAGACGAUGUUCGAUUGUCUGGAAUUUAUUCGAUAAAUUUUUCGUUCGAAUCGCACUGGGAUGGAUUUCUCGACUCGUGUGAAAAAUUCUAUCCGAUCUCUUUUCUUCUCCGAUCGAACGAAAAGAAUCCAAUUUGAUCUCUCUACUGGUACCUGGUAGAUGGUACCUCGAAAAGGAAGUAUCGAAUGCUCGUUCGCGUUGGUCUAAGUAAUGUAAAAUGUAAAAUAAAAAUUUUGAAUUUUGGAUUUUGAAGAAUCGAUGUAAACGAUAAAUGUAUUCGCGUUUGAAGGUUUGGGUUAUUGUAGAAGAUACUUUGUAUAUCUAGUUGCCGAUCUCUGCAAAUGAUUUUCGUGUGCGAAUGGGUGUGAAUCAGUAUUAUUAAUUAAUCGUGCAAAAACUCGGAUCUUCGAGUUUCUGUAUUGCGUGCGUAUCGUUGUCGAGGGAAUGCACAAAAAUUUGAUCGAUCUCUCGCGAUCGAUGUUAAUCGAAUGAUUCGUAGAAAGAAUGAGCGAAAUGGGAGAAAAAAAUUUCUAAUAAUUCUAGGUUUAAUAUAGUUCGUCACAAUAUUUAAUCUCUUGUCAUCGUAAACGCAAUGAAGGAUUCGCUAUUGUCAUUCGAUCCAUUCGUAUUUUUUUCUUUCUUAUCAAUUUCUUUUUUUUUUUUUUUUACAAACAAAUCUCGAUGUCUAUUUUACGGUAAAUGUGAUAUAUUAACAAAAGGAAAAAGAAAAAAAAAGAAUGAGAGGAAAAGAAAAAAUGAAAAUUCGCGUAUUCAAAGGUAGUAGUACGGUAGACAAAUAUUAGAGACUAUUUUUGUAACUCUUUGAGAUCGUAAGAUUUAAUUGAAAAGAGAAAAAGAAAAACAUGCUGGAAGCGUUUUUUAAUUGUAGCUGUACAAGGAUGGAGAUGGCAUAUGAAGGCCCAAAAUAUUUAAGAAAGAAUAAUUUCAGAAGAGGAUAAUUAUAAAAUCAUAUUCCCCACUUUAUCACUAUAGUAUAAUCAAAAAAUUAUUAACUUUCAUAACAGAGGAUAUCAAGUUCAUGAUACAAAAAAAUUUUUAAGAAUGCUGGAUGUAGAAGAAAAAUGGGAAUUUUUUAUACCAUAAUUUUUGUUAACUUUGACGACGACAACAAUCUGAAAUAGCACACAGAACAAGAUAUUUCGCGUAAGAUAACGGACGAGAUCUUUCGUAUGGGAACGAAACUAAAAACGUUGCGAACUCAGAACGUUAAAUAGCACGCGGCACUCUACUUUCAGCGUACGAUCGAUACUGCAAGUGAUUCUUAAUACCGGGUCUGUCUACUUUUAGAAAAUUUUUGUGAUAGUUUUAUCGAUAAUCGCGUAACACACCGUGAAAUCACCGUGUUCACAUUUUUUAUUACCUACUACUUUAUUUAUUUUUUUAUAUAUCAAGUUUAGCGUUUAGACGGUUAAAAUUAUGGAGGAAGUUUAUAAAAUUUAUUUUUUUAAGAAAGGAGAAGUGAUAAAAUUAAAAAAAGGACCUUCACUUUUGAGUCGAACAAGUUUGUUCAAGAGAUAAACGUUCGCGUGGAAUAUACGUUAUAUAAGAGAUUAGAUCUGUGAGAACUCGCUAUUAUAUUAUUCUACAUUUUAUACACGUUACGUUUGAUACUAAACGUUUAUAGAGUUUCUCAUAAUAAAUGAGGAGAUAAUCAAUUUGCGCGGAAAAAUUAAUAAUUGUAGCAUAAACGAUAUUCAACGUUUUUCUUUCAGAGAAAAUAGAUUUUAUAAAUACGAGAAAUGUUAUCACAUAUCUGCCAUGUUUAUGCGUAGAACAUAAAACAAGCUUAUAUUAUUCAUAUAAAACAAUGUUUUCAAAGAGAAAAUAUUUCAAGGAAGAAUAUAUAUAUAUAUAUAAAACUCGCAAAAGUUAUAGAAACGACUUUGCCAAAAAAAAAAAGAAAAAAAAAAGAAAGAAAGAAAAAGAAAAAAAAAGAAUAAAUUCUAAAAUGAAUUAUUCCUACAUUUUUUAAAUAAAUUUUUCAAGCAACAUCUCCUCUUCUCUAUCUCUUCUGGUUAACAUCUGUUAUAACAACUCUGCGCACAGCACACCGUGGACGCGUUUACACCGAAGUGACAAUAUCGAUUCCUCGUUGCGACCACGCAAAGUGUUUUAAACCUCGUGAUAAAACGUCACGGCGAUGAUAAUCAAAACUAUGAAUCAACGUGGUCGCCAAUCAGAGUCUGAUGCCACAGAGAUUCACGCGUGCCCCGAUUAAAACAUGGCUACGAUCCUCUAUCCAAAUAUGUUGGCGUGAUCACACGAAAUACUGUUCGAAACACUGCGUAUUACAAAGCAUCGCGUGCGUGUAUACACUUGUCGGAAGAAAUAUAGUGGCGCUGAUAAACUUGGCGAAUUUAAGUCAAAGGAACUAUGUUAAAGGAAGUCUGAUGAAUUAUUAUUAAUUGUUGAACGGCAAUCGUUGUUCGAUUCUUCAUUUCACUAAUUUUAAUUUUAAUUUUGUCAAAUGAUAACAUCCUCAAUUGGAUUUGAAACAAAAAUUUUUUUUUCCUUCAUCAGGUCAAAGGGUAUUUUUAUCCCGAUAUGACGAUAUUUUAUUAUCCUUGAAUUUUUUCGAAAAGGAAAUUUCUUUGUGAAAAAAUUUCCCGUAAUAUUUUUUACUUAUUUUUCCACACAGAACUUAUUUUUCUUCUCUCUCUCUCUCUCUCUCUCUCUCUCUCUCUCUCUCUCUCUCUCUCAGGUCAUCGACAUUGCUCGACUUCUUUUGAAUUUCUGCUGAAACGCAUUAAAACAUCGUUCUGGGAAUGACUGCACUAUAUUUCUUCAAACUCGAGUACAUCUGUGCAUAAUAUAUUUUAAAGAGAGGAGCGUGCAAAAGAGCGCGCGAUACUCGCGACUGUUCGCUGUUUAAGAAAGAUGCAAAGAGAAAAAGGUAAGGAGAAAAUGACAAAGAGGAAAAGAUAAAAAAAAAAAAAGGUAGGAAAGAAAAAGAGAAUUCCUAAUCGGAGGCUAUACACAUGUAUAUUAUCGUUGGAAAGAGUUUUUUUUUUUAAGUAUUUAAAAGGUUAUAGGACACUCUGUACAAUUCGAGCUGUGUAUAAUCUUAAUCGCUGUGCAUUCGUGGAAGAACAUAAUAAUAUUUAAACGCGUGUCUGUAUCCGUGUCUGUAUUUCUGUGCAACAAUGUAAAUGGCAUGAUUGCAGUUGCAGUUUAAUGGAUCUUUAAAAAAAAAAAAAACAAAUAUAACCUAACCAACUAACGGAAUUCUAGUUAUUAGGAUUUUAAUCAAGCGUCUUCGUCUUUAAAAGAUCUUUAAAGAUGGCGUUUAAACGUGAGAAGAUAUCACCAUCGUUUCGAGAAAUAUUCGAAUCGUAUCGUGUAAACUGAUUCGCGAGGCCAUCGAUGUUUGAUCUGUAAAAUCGUGUUCGAACAGAACGAUAGAGGUAGAGAGAGGUUGAUCGUGAAACGAAUUUUGUACGAGCGGGAUGGUUCGUUUGUUAAAAUCGAGUUCUCGGGAUAUACAAGAUUUAGUUUGAAUUGUGAAUCGAUUGGAUGAUAUGCCAAAUAAUUUUUUUACGAAUUUUAUUAAAAGAAAAAGACGUUGCAAAGAAUUUCGAAUGAUAAUUAUAUCACAAUGAGAAUAAAAGAGAUUUAAAAUCGCAAUAAAUUAUUUACGAAUGACGAAUUUCAUUUGGAUUACAUCUUACAAAUUUCUAACCUAAAACAUUGAAAGACAAAAUUUUAUUUUUAUAUUGUGUGUAUUCUUACCUUUAUAUCCGACUCAUUGCAUAUUCAUAGAAGUUGUAAUUAUUGAGACUGUUCGUUGUUGAUCGUCAUUAUUCAACGUAAUAACGAAGAAGUAGAAUCAAGGAUAAAUAUCAUAAUUUGCCAUUAGCGUCUCUCGAUUCCCAGAAAACGCGAGUUACUCAAUUGGAAUUGUAUUUGUUAUGGAAAAAGAUGGAAAAAUUUUUCCUAGAGAUAAUGCGAAAAGACGAAACUCACUGGUCGAUGCGAGAAAUCAUCGAGAUUGCUUCUUACACAUAGUGUCUUGUACCUGCAUCUUUAGCUUAUUAAGUCCCGAAAUUUGGAUAAUUUAAACACGCAGAAAUAAAAUUAUUUUAAAUAAUUUAUCGAAAGAUUUUUAUAAUUUUUUUUUUCCUUAACAUUUCCUAUGAUUUUUUUUUCCAGAUUUCGGGAUUUAUGCGUUUACGUUAAGUUAAGCUAUAGUGAAUAGAUGGUUGCAGUAGGAUAGAAAGUGUUACGAUUAUAUAAAAGUUACGAUAGAUGAUAAUUUUUUACUCGUAUUGUUUUCGAUUCUCGCUAAAUGCCACAUUGACGAUUUUAAGAUAGUUACAAAUGAUAGGCUGAAUCGGUUUCACGCUUUUAGCUGAUCUUAACAGUUGUACCUGGAUCACGUUGUUCGUUUAUAUGAGUAAAAUGUGCGUUUUGUGCACCUAUUUCUGAUAAUGAGUAUAUUAGAUGUGUCGUAUUAAUCUCUUGCUCCAUCCAUAAAUGUUCAAGUCAUUGGAACGUUUGUUAUAAGAAAAAAAUGUAUGCAAUUAAAAGUUAUGAUUUGCACCAAAUAUUAAAUUUUCAUUAAAUAUAAUAAAAGUAUCCUAAGAUUUUUGAAUUUUUAAUAUUAGAUUUUUUUUUUAAAUAGUAGACUAAAAUUUUAUUUUUUUAAUUUAUUCAUUCUUUACAUAGAUUUAGAACCAAAGAAAAAUAGGAUUAUUAUUAACCGAUGAAAAUGUUUUCUAACCUGUUUUAUCGUUUAAGCAAAGAAUGUAAGAAUAUCGAAACAUGUAAACUUGAUAGAAAUGGCAGCGAUACUGACAAGUUUUAUCAUCGGUGUUAUUAAAGUACAUUAUGACCGAAGUAAAAAGCCAGUGCAAUUAAUUCGGUUCAAUCUUUUCCCCGCAACACCUGCCACGAGGCUCACGAGUUUUAGAGUCCGGCAACAACUUUGCGAAUAUAAAGUCUUUCUCUCGCGUGACUGCGGGCAAAUUUAGUUAUGUUAUACGAAACGAUACCAAUCUACGUGUACGUAAUAUCUUUUGUUCGAAAGAAGAAUCGAGAAGUCUGUGAAAUUUAUCUCUUUUCUCUCUCUCUCUCUCUCUCUCUCUCUCCUUUUCACAAGGAUUUUCAAAGUUACGCGACACGAUCCAAAUGAGAACUCGAUCCAUUGCAAAAUUAAUCGAAUUUGUUUUUUUAGUUUUGAAGUUUGAAAAUUUAAAUACGAUUUAAAUUUUAAUCGGAUUAAAAAAGAAAAAAAUAAAAUUGAAUUAUUAAAUUCAAUCGAAUGAAAAAUCUGUGAUGUAUUUUCAUUAAAAAUUUCAAGCUAGCUGUCGAAUUUAAAUCCGAAAUUAAAAUCCGAAUUUAAACUCGGAUUUAAAUUUAAAAUGUCAAAUCGAUAUCCGCUCUUUGUGAAACUGUUCGAUCAAGCGUUUUCGAUCCAUAUAGACGUUAAGUCGUGUUUUAGUGGCCAGUUCAAACCUCCUACGAGUCUCUGCAAAACAAGAGCAUGAAAAUAGCUGAUUUGCUCCGUGAACCGAAAAAUCUUUGAAUAUUAUCUCGUCCUCGUUAACUAUUCUUGAAUUCGAUUUCAUUUCUUUCUUUAAUUUCAUCUAAAUUAAUUCACUUUUAACGCAUUGAUUGUACAAACGUAAAAAUUAAAAAAAAACAACGAACGAUUGAUAAGAUUAAAUUUAUGUAUAAUGUAUCUGCUUCUUUAUCUUUCUUUCCUCGUUCAUUAUAUAUAUAUACAUAUAAUUAUUUUAAAAUAAAUAAUAAACGUAUAGAAAAAUGUUCUCCUGAACAUGUUAAAAAUGUUAUUUAAACGACACACCUAAUACGCUUAUGCGCAGCAUUGCAAGACGAACACGUGCCUCGGUGCCGUAUUUAAUGCCAUUUAAGUACAACAGUAACGCGUCCAACGCUUAAAGCUUAUUAUAUAUUCGAUACAAUGUUACGUUCGCGAUUGCGUUCAAAGAUACUUUAUUAUUCUCGUUCAUAAAUCGCACAGUGUCGCGCAUGGUUGUGUUCUAAGGAAUGAUUAGUAAUCUCAAGAAUAAUCGAUUGACUAGGAAUAUUUAGCUUGACUCUUUCUUUGAUAAAUUUCUCUUUGACUUUUAAUAUUUACCAGAGUAAAUUCGAAAGUUCCUGAAUUGCAUCGAAACCGUGUAAACUUUUGAGAUCUGUUCUUUUAGAGAUAUUGCAAUGUAAUUUUCGUAAUUCGGAUGAUUAAGAUAAUUGAAAGUUUCAUUUAAAUUUGAAUUUCUUUUUUUUGUGUCUGAUUGAAAUGAAGUGAUUGAAAAAAAUAAAUCAUUAUUUGAAUAAAAAAUGUUUAGACGAAUUGAAUUCUAUUAUGUAUUGCAUAAAUCUUAAGAGAGAUUAAAUUUUAGUACUUAUUUUCUCAUGGAAAGUCGAAAUUCUUACACUUUUUAAAAAACUAUCUUUAAAACUAUAUUAAAACUUUUGAUUUUUAGAAAUUAAAUUAUUCGUGUAUUAAAGAAAAAAGACAAUUUCUUUUAAAUGUAUAAUAUUUCAAUUUUAUUUUUCUUUUCCUUUGUAAAUAUAAUUUUUCAUUUUACAUGUAAGAUUUAUAAAAAUUGUUUUAUAUCCAAUGUAACCACAAUUCGAUCUCAAUUUUUAAUACAAAUAUAGAUUUAAUUUUACACUACACCCUCGUGCUUUCCUCUCAAAAAGUUCGUUCUGAUGGACCAAUCAUAAUCAUCGCAAUACAUCGUUAUCGCGUGUUUAAAUGACAGAUAAAACUUGUAUAAGAUUCAUCUACCUAUUUAUGUUCGUAUUUCUUUUUUCGCAUAAUGUAUUUUAUGUAUUUUCGUUACGCUUGACGAGCCAUCGAUAAGUGGAAACGUGUUCGAAGCGGAUGAAGAGGCGUUUCGCGGCAAACAGAAGCGUUUACGAGUUGCUACACGUUUAUGUAACGCCUCUGACAAGCGUCAAGCAGUUGUUUUUUUGCACAAAAUCAUUUAUGAGAACGCCAUGACAACGUUCCAUGACGUGGAAACAUAAUUAAUGCAUCGAUGAUCGCUGAUACAGUCUGCCAUUAUUGUUCCUUAUAUAGGAGUCUUAAUACAUAAAAUGCGUACGUAAUUUAUUAACUGUUGAUUCAAACUCGAUAUAUGCUAUGCGAAGUAUGUUACAUUGUAAUGUAAAUAAAUAAGCUAAUGUAAUUAAUAUAAUUUUUACGUGUUAAAUUAUAAAUCUAAUUGUAAUAUUGAUAAUAUAUAAAUAAAUGAAUUUGAUUGUUAAAAUUACUUCUGAUUCAAUUUAUAUCUAUCUAAUGAAAGAAAUAUGAUAUAAUAAUAUUCUGAUUGAUUACUUCGUAUUUCCACUCGCGAAAAUGUUAUAAUGUUAUUCCAUGAAAUUAUAUAUUAUAUAUUAUUUAAUACGAAUGGAAUAACGUCCCAUUUUUAGAGUGAUCGAUGAUACCUGGUGCUCAGCUAUAAAAAAACUGAAUAAAUUUAAUUAAUAAAAUCAUCAUGAACAAAAAAAGGGAUGUUUUUCUUUCGAUAAAUGGCGGACUGCAGCGAAAUAUCGAAUAUGAUUUUUAGAAAGCGAUGAAUGGCGUUUCUUUUUUGAUAAAAAUACAAUUCUAUGACAAAUAAUCUUGCGUUUGCACAAAAUACAAUUGCAAAUAUGUACAUUGUUCUCGAUUGCAUGCAUGAAAACUUAAAGUGUGAAAAUAUGAAUAGCGGAAAAAAAAGGCGGCAGAAUGAUGUUGAUCGGUAUUAAUUAUGAUAAUUGCGUUUAUGUUUAAGUAUUUCGAUAUAUUGAUAAUGAAUGGACAUGAAAAUGAUACGCUUGGAUCCAUUGAAAUAUUUAUUAUCCUCUUCAUGCUAUUGAAAAAUAAUUUUAUUCCUUGAAAAAAAUAUACGUAGAAAAUACUUUUUAUUCAUCUAUAUAAAAAGAAAAAUAUGCAAAAAUGAAGAAAAGAUUUUAAGAGUUUAAAUACAAUUAAUAGUUUUUAUAAAAAUUCAUAUACUCUAUAUGUAUAUUAAAAUUAAUCGAUAGUUAUAUAUUUUAAAUUUUUAUACAAUAUUACGUACGAUAUAAUAUUACGUACGAAUUGUUUGUGUUAAUAUCUUCAUUACUUAAUAUCACAGGAACUUCUUAAAUUGAAAAACCGUAUUCUUUACAUCGAAGUGCUUCUAAGUGUUUCCUGAAAAAAAUUUUCUAUUAGUGGAAAACGAAUAUUUAUUACUUGUAUAUAAUUAAGUCAUUUUUUUCCUUUAAUUUUUCGAACUUGAAUUAAUGAAAAAUUGAAUUAAAAAAAGUAACAAAAGAAAGAAAAUGGCUUAAUUAAUUUAUCGUUAAAAUUAUCGAUUUCUCUUGAAAUGUCAUCAUUUAUAAUCGCGUGUUGACUUUUCACAAAAUUCUUUGAAAUUUUAGCGAGCGUGAAAAGAACGAGGAAAUCGAAUGGAAAUCGUAAAAGAAAGAGCGUGACGAGGAUAAUAAUGAGCGAUUCGAUCGAUCCUAUCGUUUCUAGUGAAAUGGCCGCGAUAUAAUAUACAUAUACUAUAUAUAUAUAUAUCUAUAUAUACUAUAUAUAGAUAUAUAAGUACUUAAGAAGAUUCGUGAUUCGUGAAAUUCAACAGCUCGUUAAAUUGAAUUCCACCUCGGAAUAGGAAUGAUGCUCGCCUCGACGAGAUUGUUAUCGUUGUACCUAAAAAAAAAAUUAUAGAUAUUAACAUAAAAAGAGACACAAAGAACACACAUUGUCGUUCUCUCACUAUUUAUUGUAUUGUAACGCGAUGGGUAUGAUCAUAUACCGGAAAAUAAAACUAUUAUUACUCUAAA